UUUCAGGGCAACAUAGUUGGUUAUGUGUUGGCAAAAAUGGAGGAGGAAGCAGAUGAUGAGCCGCACGGUCACAUAACCUCAUUGGCCGUCAAGCGAUCAUAUCGUCGUCUUGGAUUGGCCCAGAAGCUAAUGGACCAGACGGCACGAGCCAUGAUCGAAACAUUCAACGCACGAUACGUGUCGCUUCACGUGCGAGUAUCGAAUAGAGCAGCACUGAAUCUCUACCGGAAUACAUUAAAAUUCGAAGUGUCCGAUGUGGAGCCGAAAUAUUACGCGGACGGUGAAGAUGCAUAUGCAAUGAAACGCCCACUGGUGCAAUUUGCAAUUGAUAAUUUCAUUGAACCAGCCGAUCGGCGAGCAUUUUUCAUCGAUGGACAUAGGAUUAAGUUUCAGGGUAACAUAGUUGGUUAUGUGCUGGCAAAAAUGGAGGAGGAAGCAGAUGAUGAGCCGCACGGUCACAUAACCUCAUUGGCUGUCAAGCGGUCGUAUCGUCGUCUUGGAUUGGCCCAGAAGCUAAUGGAUCAGACGGCACGAGCCAUGAUCGAAACAUUCAACGCACGAUACGUGUCGCUUCAUGUGCGAGUAUCGAAUAGAGCAGCACUGAAUCUCUACCGGAAUACAUUAAAAUUCGAAGUGUCCGAUGUGGAGCCGAAAUAUUACGCGGACGGUGAAGAUGCAUAUGCAAUGAAACGCCCACUGGUGCAAUUUGCAAUUGAUAAUUUCAUUGAACCAGCCGAUCGGCGAGCAUUUUUCAGUGCCAGAGAUGACAAGGAGCACGCAAGAAAGCAGAAAACUAAUUGA